AUGGCUGCAACAGUUUCAUGGAAAGGUCCUUUAUCGCAAGUACUUGAUGCCCGUAAACUACCCGAAUUACGAUAUUUACCCUUUGUUGGUGAAGCCAACAUGAAAACUUUUUAUGUGAAAAAUAUUCCAUCGCACUGGGACGAAUGGGAACUUUUCCGAAUAUUUCGACAGUUUGGCUUGAUCAAUAACAUUGUUUUACCAGAUGUUAAAAGUGCGCAUUCAGAAAAUGCUUACAGAUAUGGGUUUGUGAUGAUGCUUUCGCUUGCUGGUGCUGACAAUGUCUUUCAGAAGUUGACUAGUAAUGGAAGCUUGUUUGUGGAAGGUUUGAGCACGCCAUUACAGGUUCAGCGAACUGGUGUCAAAACUAAAUCCUCAGCUCCUUUCCGCGAGCUGCAGACUAAUGCUGCGCAGAAACGUAAUUUGUCUGACUCAAAAAUGGAGUCGGAUACCGUAGCCGAAGAGAAGGUUUCUGAGCCUGUUCCGCAGGUGCGAAGACAGUUUUAUACGCGAGAUGAAUUAUUGAGAAUAAGGCACAGUAUGAAGGAUGUUCCCGUUCCUGAUAUAGCAGUGAAGAGCAUUCUAUUAUGA